AUGGCGUACCAUACCGUUUCGUACGAGGCGGCUACUCUCCUGGCUCGCGUUCCGCCUCUACACCUCUAUGCGGAAUUUCUAAGACGGUCAUAUUUCCGGCAUCGUAGAAUGAAGGAGAAUGGCAAUUAUAACGAGGUAUUGGCUGCCGCUGUACGUUUGGAGGAAUGGAACGCACUACGAGAGCAAUGGCGUAUCCACGUUACGCGUGCAAAUCUUCCGGGAAGAAGAACGAGAGAGGCGAUUGGCCCCAGUUUUGAGGACUGGUUAGAUCGUAGUUCUGGUUUUCUCACGUAUAGACUAACUCAGUUUUUAACCGGCCAUGGGUGUUUCGGCACCUACCUGUAUAGGAUUAAUAAAGAGGAUACUCCAAUAUGCCGAUAUUGUAACACGGAAGAAGAUACCCCGGAGCACACCUUAAAGGUGUGUCAUUUCUGGGCCCAGGAGCGCGGUGAACUUGCUGCUGCAAUUGGUCAGAACCUCUCCCUGGGGAAUAUUGUUGCUAGGAUCUGCAACUCCAAGGAACGCUGGAACGCGUUCUCGACUUUUGCUGAGCGCGUUUUUCAACGCAAGGAAGAGGAUGAGCGUAGGAGACAGCAGCAGAUGAUCCUUGAUCCGGGAUAA